GGAGGCACCGGGAAGGAUCCCGGGGUGGAUUCCCCGGCUGGUAACGGAGCCCCGCGGAAGGAAUUCCUCAAAACAGCGAGAGACUUCCAAAGUGGGGGGUGGAAGGCGGCAGUUUUCCCCCUCCUUCCCCGUUCGGGAGAAAGGAGCUGCCCAACCUGGUCAUGAGACUCUUCCACACUUCCCAAAGAGGCUCCUGAAGUUCUGGCGCUGCAGCACUGGGAGCCCGGGGCAGCCAGUCCAGCGCAGCCCCGCCGAGGGCACACACAGCUCGGGAGAUGGAGAAUGAGGUUGGCAAAUCUGUGGACAAUCAAAUGGACAAAUACAUAGUUACAAUAAUGGGGAAAUCAGAAAGCCAAAUGGAUAUUGUGGAAAAAUCAACGAAAUCUGGGAAGAAGCCCUGGAGCUUUGUGGCACUGGGUCUGGCUGUCCUGCUGCUCCUCAUGACUUGUGCCGCCGUCGCCCUGGUGAUCCUGUAUGCCAGCAGCAGAGGAACUCACUAUGGCACCAACUCAGGCACCAUAUGCACCACCCCUGGCUGUGUCACGGCAGCUGCCAGAAUAAUCCAGAACAUGGACCCCGCAGCUGACCCGUGCCAGGAUUUCUACCAGUACGCCUGUGGGGGCUGGCUGAGCAGGCAUGUCAUCCCAGAGACCAGCUCCAGGUACAGCAUCUUCGACAUCCUGAGGGACGAGCUGGAGAUCAUCCUGAAAGGUGUGCUGGAGACUUCAGAUCAAGGGGACAGAGAGGCAUUUCAGAAAGCCAAAAUCCUUUACAAGUCUUGCAUGAACGAGAGCCUUAUAGAGCAACGAGAUUCUUUGCCUCUGCUGGAGGCCUUAAGGAUGGUUGGAGACUGGCCAGUGGCUUCUGCAGACUGGAAUAAAACCAAAGAGCCAAGCUGGAGCAUGGAAGAAAAGCUGUCCAUAAUGAACUCCAGGUUUAACAAACGUGUCCUCAUCGACAUGUUCGUGUGGAACGACGACCGGGACUCCAGCAGGCACAUCAUCUAUAUUGACCAGCCGAGCUUGGGAAUGCCAUCCAGGGAUUACUACUUCAAUGGGGGCAACUAUCAAAGGGUGAGAGAGGCUUAUCUGCAGUUCAUGAUCACCGUGGCCAAAAUGAUCCGGGAGGACCAGAACGUGUCUAGAGACGACUCCUUUGUCCAAGAGGAGAUGACAAAGGUGAUGGAGCUUGAAACAGAGAUUGCAAAUGCAACGACCCCAGCAGAGGAGAGGCACGAUGUCACCUUGUUGUACAACAAAAUGACCUUAACGGAGCUCCAGGAAAAGUUUGCAUUGAAUGAAUUUAACUGGACCUUCUUCAUCCAAGGUGUCAUGUCUUCAGUAAGUGUCCAGGUUGACCCAGAGGAGGAGGUGGUUGUCUAUGGCAUGCCCUACCUGCAAGAGCUGAAGGCAAUCAUCUCCAAGUACUCAGCAAGCACCAUCCAGAACUACCUCAUCUGGCGCCUGGUGAUCGACCGCGUCAGCAGCCUGAGCCGGCGCUUCAAGGACGCCCGGGCCAGCUACAGGAAGGCUCUCUACGGGACGACGCUGGAGGAGGCGCGGUGGAGGGAGUGCGUGAGUUACGUCAACAACAACAUGGAGAACGCGGUGGGAGCGAUGUAUGUCCGGGAGACUUUUGCUGGUGAGAGCAAGAGGAUGGUGCGAGAUUUAAUAGAGAAGAUCCGCGAAGUGUUCGUGGAGACCUUGGAUGAGUUACAGUGGAUGGACGAGGCAUCCAAGGAGAAAGCCAGGGAGAAGGCAAUGGCAAUCAAAGAACAAAUUGGCUAUCCAGAUUACAUUUUGGAAGAUCAGAAUGACAAGCUGGAUCAGGAAUAUGCCAAUUUAAACUUCAGUGAACACAAUUACUUUGAAAACAUCCUGGAAAACCUGCGAGCUGGAGCCCAGAAGAGCUUGAAAAAACUUCGAGAGAGAGUUGACCAAGACAUAUGGAUAAUUGGAGCUGCAGUGGUCAAUGCAUUCUAUUCCCCCAACAGGAACCAGAUAGUUUUUCCUGCUGGGAUCCUCCAGCCCCCCUUCUUCAGCAAACACCAGCCACAGGCCCUGAACUUCGGGGGCAUCGGGAUGGUCAUCGGGCACGAGAUCACCCACGGCUUCGACGACAACGGAAGGAAUUUUGAUAAAGAUGGGAACAUGCUGGACUGGUGGAGCAACUUCUCAGCGCUGCACUUCAAGGAGCAGUCCCUGUGCAUGGUGCACCAGUACGGGAACUACACCUGGGAGCUGGCAGGGGGGCAGAACGUCAGUGGCAUCAGCACAUUGGGAGAAAACAUUGCAGAUAACGGAGGAGUCCGACAGGCCUACAAGGCCUAUUUGAAGUGGCUGGAACGGGAAGGGAAGGAGCCAAAGCUUCCUGGACUGAACCUGUCCCACAAACAGCUUUUCUUCCUCAAUUUUGCCCAGGUUUGGUGUGGCUCCUACAGACCAGAAUAUGCCAGCCAGUCCAUAAAGACAGACGUGCACAGCCCUCUGAAGUACAGGGUGCUGGGAUCCUUGCAGAACUUCGAAGCCUUCUCUGAGGUGUUCCGCUGUAAGAGGGGCACAGCCAUGCACCCCGCAGGGAAAUGCCGGGUGUGGUAACCAGGGACAGGGAGGGUGACCCGCUCCGGGGCCACCACACACGGCUCGUGGCAGGGACGUGCCUGGUGUUCUCCUGCUCAGUCCCAGCCAGGGCUGACGGGGCAGCUGCUGGAGUGGGAACCCUGGACCCACGGCACUGAGCUGUCCCAGUGCCCCGGGCAGCACACGGGGAUCGCAGGAGCCGGGGCUGGGCCGGAGCCCACGGGGUGUUCCCGCCCAGAGCGACUGUUUCCAACGACAUCCCGACUGUUAUCAAGACACUGCAUCAGGGCUACAAGGACUAAUGCUUAAGGGAAAACAAACCCAACAAACAGCCACAAGUCUAUUUUUCAGAAAGGAACAAUAAUUUUAAUAUGCCAGCUCCGCCUUCUGAGGCUCAGCAAACCUGUCUGAGGUGUUUCACUGAUCCGUUCCCAGUGUUCUGGUCCACUUUCUGGUGCAUUCUUCCCCAAAUCAGGUUAGAGCUGCUGUAAACUCUGCUGUGUGUACCCCUGCACUUUGCUUUGCUGUCAGAGAUCGCUGUUUGUCGUGACAUGUCACACAGUGAGCCCUGUGUCGAGAUGCCUGUUGCACUCUCCUCCUGCACUCGAGUUCCUCUGCUCCAAAGAACAACCUUCAAGUGACAUAUCACUGGAAUGAUCACGUUUUAGGAGUACAAAUUCUGUCUUCAUGGUUAAAUUACAGGGUCCCACCCUUCAGAGAUAUAUUUAAAAUUAUGCUUAUUCUUGUAGAAAGUGUAUAAAAUACUUUUUGCCAAAUAGCAAAACAUGUAUCCAUGGAAACAAUUAAGCUGGUUUUAAUCCUGUGCCUUUUCGUUUUGCCAUAGGCUAUUUUUCAGUAUUUACACUUGAAAAUGUAACAUGCAUUAAUUUUUAAUAAAAUUUAAAACAAAAAAAAAU